ACUAGCAGACUACGUUUGCAUUCUUGAACCAUUGACAACUCGUGUGUAGAAUUGGCGUGUUUUUAGAAGUUAUCAAUUAGUAAAAUGAAUCAAGCUGAUUUGAGUAAGCUAGUUUCGGCAUUGCGAAUUGCAGUGAAACCGAAACCUAGACUUUUUUCGAGCCCGGAAGGUCCAGCUGGGCGCCUGAAAAAAUUGAGAGCUACCGUGACCGCGCUUGUGAAGUAUGAGCGUAUCGAGUUAAACUAUCCAAGAGCAGAAGAAGCACAGGGAUACGCAGAAAGGUUGAUUUCUGAUGCCAUCCGUAAUGGGGAUUGCCACAAGCAUACUAUGGAAAUGGCAGAUUACUGGUUAAAUGAAAAGCAACUUGUCCACAAAUUGUUCAAAGUUUUAGUCCCAAGAUAUCAAAACUACAAUUCAUCUUUUACAAGGCUUGUUCUUGGACCAAAAACAUAUCCAGGGUACUAUGCUGGUACAGCAAUAUUAGAACUCAAAGGAAAUCCUUUCCCUGCCUUGAAAUCAGAGACUCAUAAUUAUCACUAUUGGUUACAUAAUGUUUUACUGGAAGAAGCUAAGAAAGAGUUCAGAUCUGCUCGAGAAGAAAGAAAUGCAGGAACUACAGAGUCUGUUACUGCUGAAAGUUAAGACUACUUCACCAUUGAUAUACAAAAUAUAGUUGUAUUCUAGUAUGAAUAAAACGCGGAUCUAUCUAA